AUGAUUCCCCGAGGCUGUGACACGUUGACGGUCCUUCUGUUGCUGAUGGCUGCGGUUGCGGUUGGCCUAGCCGAUGACAGUGGGGGUCCAAGUCCGAGUGCACCGAACAAGCUAGACGAUUACGUGCUCACCACCCAGUCCGAGUGUUACAAAUCGAAACGGUUGGUGUCGUGCUUCAAGUAUCGAAUCUCGCGAUAUAUUUGGUCGUUCGCUUCCGGUCGUAUGAAUUGGCUGCUGCCGGAGAAUAACGCCUACGAGGGAGGCAAUGGAUUACGGCUGGUGCGGCUCAACGAACCACAAGAAGAUGAUGUAUUCCCCGAGGCGCGACAGAUUUCACUGUACGACAACGAAAUCAUGAAGGUGGCAAAAUUCCUGCAGCGCUCGCUAAACACCUUCAUCGCUGCCCAUGGCGUCCGGAUCGGGAUGGGUAACGAUAGCGGGGCCCGCUUCCUGGACGAUGUCGAUGACUUUGAUGGCCGUGGCAAAAAGAAGAAGAAGUGGGGAAUGAUCCUGCCGUUGGCACUGAUGCUCAAACUGGUGCACAUGAAGCUGCUGCUGAAGCCGAUCCUGCUCGGCGUGGGGCUAAUCCAGGUACUGCUCAUUGCCGGUGGUCUCAUCAUAUUCAAUUACUUCCGUCACAGCAGCGUCUGUCGUUUGCAGCCACACGUCGUUCACUCCCAUUCGCACAUUGCCAGUGAAUCGUCGCCAGAUAUUUCCUAUGCUGCUUAUGGUGCUUACCCAUCGUACUCGGCAUCGCCGUACAAUGCCUACAGCAAGGAUUGGGCCUCUAACCGAGCCUAUAGUGCGUAUAGCUUUCUGGAUGCCAUCGAUAACCAGAAAAUUUAGUAGUUAGAGUGCCAGUAGAGAAC